CGAAGGCGGUGCCGAGCCAGGCCCGCCCGAGCCGCCCCGCAGGCAGAGCCGCCGGAGCAUGGCCGGGGCGCAGAGCUGCCGUCCCCCCGCGCCGGAUGAAGAUGUCAAACCAUUUACUCCUGAGAAAACCAAGGAAAUUGUGAUGUCUCUACAGCAACCUGCAGUCUUCUGUAACAUGGUUGGCAACUGGCCAGCCCUGCACUGGAAUGUGGAAUACCUUUCUGCUGUGUUGGAGGGAAAGAAAAUCCAGUUUAGGCUGGGCCUGAAGACAGUGGAUUUAGUUCCCCAGUUUGAAACCAGUUGUAGCUAUGUGGAAGCUACACUUGAGGAGUUUUUGACUUGGAGUUGUGGGCAGCCUUCUUGUCUCUCUGGACCAUUCAGUUGUUACGAUUACUCCAAAUACUGGGCUUAUGCUGACUACAAGUACAUUGCCAGGAUAUUUGAAGACAAGCCAGAAAUUUUCCAGGAUGUAAGGUGGUCUGACUUUGGUUUUCCUGGAAGAAGUGGAAAAGAGAGCACACUGUGGAUUGGUUCUGAAGGAGCAAACACCCCCUGCCAUUUGGACUCCUACGGCUGCAACUUAGUGUUGCAAGUACAAGGAAGGAAGAGAUGGCACCUCUUCCCACCUGGUGACACCAGUUUCCUUUAUCCUACCAGGAUCCCUUAUGAGGAAUCCAGCAUAUUCAGCAAAGUCAACAUUGCCAACCCUGAUCUGAAACGCUUUCCCGAGUUCAGGAACUCAACAGCCCAUGUUGUUACCCUCAGUCCAGGACAGGUCCUGUUUGUCCCAAGGCACUGGUGGCACUAUGUGGAAUCCAUUGAUCCUGUCACUGUCAGCAUCAACUCUUGGAUUGAACUGGAUGCAGAUCAUGAAGCCCGUGUAGAGGAGGCAAUAACUCGAAUGCUGGUAUGCGCCAUAAAAUCAGCAGAAAAUCCCAGUGAUGGAGAUCUCUGGCUAAAUCCCACAGAGGUUGAGGCAACCUCCCAUGAAAUCAAUCUUCAGUACCUGAAUAAAGCAGUGUCUGCAUACCUCAAGUGUCAGGAGACAAGUGUGUCAGGACAGGCACAUUCCAGCAGCAGUGGUGCAAAGCAGAGGACAAACACCUCAUGCAAGAGGAAGAGAAGGGAAGCUGGCUGUGAACCAGAGAGCUGCACAUUACUAACCCAGAAAUGUGACUUUCCUGCACCCAAAGCAGAAGAGCUGCGGAAAAUACCUUUUGGGCCUCAUCUUAUUCAGGUUUUACCACAGUCUCACAAAACCAGCGUGGUGGGUGCAGUUGCAGUUGAAAGUGAUGGUAGAGAUCUUCUCCAUGAAAAUGAAGGAGAACAUUUUGGAAAAUUACAGUGCAAGAGGAAGAGAUUGCUAAUGAGUAAUGACUGUGAGGCAGCUGCACAUCAAAUGGAUUCAGACUGCAGUCCAUGCACCUCACAAACAGCCCUUUCCACCAAUGACUUGUUAGACUGUCUGGUUAAUCCUCGUGUCAUCAGUUUAGUGGCUCAGCUGCUGUUGGAGAGAAUGAGAGUGUGAUGCUGGAGUGCUUUAUCAUUGCUGAAACAGAAAUCAAACAGCAGCCUUGUUCUGCAGGUUUAAAAUCUGUAAUAAUUGAAUGUUCCAUUUCAAGUAAUUUUUAGGUACAGAUAGACACAGUUAAUGGUUAAGUGCAGGUUGAAGUUGAGCUGAAAGAAGAAUAGCUGGUUAGUGAUGGCUGUGAAGAGAAAGGUGUGUUUAGUCAGGGAGCUGCUCAAUGUUAUGAACAAGAGAGAGCACACACAGUCACACUCCCACCGUGCUGUGCAGGUGGGAUCUUCACAGUGCUCUACAGCUCCGAGCUGGAAAACAAAUAUGGCUUGAUGAUGGAUAGCAGAGGGAGUGCUGGGACAUGGUCACAGCAAAGGGGGGCCAGGGAUGGGAGCAGAGAGAUCGACUGACUGUAGACUGGAGUCCUUGACCACAUUUAAAGUAAUAAUAAGCAAUAAGCAAUCAGUUGAUUACAUUAAAAGUAAUAAAUUCAGGUAAACCUAAACCUCAGCCAAGAGAGAAUGCACUCCCUAAUGCAUCUACUUCCUCCCUUCUACUAAAUAACUUCAGUUUUGUCACAGAGCUCUGGGUUGGAGUGAGACAAAAGCCCUUAGCAAGAAAGUAGCCUUUAGCUACUUGAAGGUAGGAGAGUAAGAGCAUUGGGAAGUUCCUGCUAUUAUUUAUUUAAAGACAGGUGUGCACAGUCCCCUAAGAAACAAAGCAAAACAGCUGUGACUUUUUACCUCUGUCCUUCUCCUUACCAUAACAAUAAAAAUGUAUUAAUUUUUUUCUUUUGGUUGUAAAUGGUUGCCGUACAAGAUCAUCCUUUCUUCAAAGGAUAGUAAUCCUUGGAUUUGGUUUUAAAAGCUGGGUUGUUCUCUGAUUGAAAUUUAGGGAACAUGAAAUAUUGGCAAGAUGUUUGUUAACUCUGAAUCUAUGCAUGGAGGCUUGAACAGAACCUGGGAAGAAAGCUGCUGGCACCUUCCAGGAUGCUCUCACCUCCUCUGAUUUCUGUUUGUGGUGGCACCAGAGGCAUUUUCCCUAACUGCAGUUUCCAGAGACAGCUUCAGGGACAGCUCCUGUGAAACCUUUGCUUUUAAAAUAUCUCUUUGCUUGUGUCUGCUAGAGACCAAGAAGCCAGUUUCUAUCAUCAGCCUGUUCCCAUAGCCUUAACCUUCCACCACCAACCCUCCAGCUGGUAUUUCCUUUGCUUGAUGUGUGCUCCCUGCUAAAUACAUGAAGCUAGUGCUGUUUUCACAAAGAUCACCUUCCACUAAUUUAUAGUUGAAAAAUCCUGAUUGCAAAGGUGCUUUCUCUCUGCUUUUAUUCAGAUUGCAUUGUUGGCAGGGUCCUGAUGAAUUAUGGUAAGGGCUUCAGAUAUGCACCAGUAGAUCAGAAAUUCAGGGAACCUUGCCAUUUCAAAAAUCUCCCCAAAAACCUAAUACACUUGGAAGAGGAAUAAGUUGAAAAAGCUCAAAGGUUCAUGUUUAACAAGCACAGAAACCUUACCCUGAUGGAAACAGAGCUGUGUGUGUAGUUUGCUGGAGACCCUGGCUUUGAAGCGUGGCUGUGAGUUAGCAGCAGAGGCCACACGAGCUCCAUCUCUGACCAACAAUGGGCAGUUCCCAGUCCUGCUCUGCCCUGGUAAUUGGGCUCAGACCCUGGUAACACCUCAGCAAUGAGAGAAAAUCCACUGUUCUCGUUUCAUGUUUCUACACCAAAGGGUCUGCAGGGUUGCACCCCUGCAACCAGACCAGAAUUUAAUAAACAAUCCUGUUGAUACAGUU